AUGCGGGCGCUGUUCACGGUGCUGAAACCUCUGAUUUUCCUUACGCUGCUCGGUUAUUGUCCUUCCAUGACAAUCAAGCCAAAAGAGGGUUGGCAGGUGUUUAGUUCAGCACAGGAUGCAGACGGCCGUUGCAUUUGCACAGUGGUGGCUCCUGAACAGAGCCUGUGCUCCAGAGAUGCUAAGAGCAGACAACUGCAUCAGUUACUGGAGAAGGUUCAGAACAUCUCACAGUCAAUAGAGGUUCUGAACCUGCGAACUCAAAGAGACUUUCAGUAUAUUAUGAGAAUGGAGAGUCAGAUGAAGGGACUACGAUCAAAGUUCAGACAAAUUGAGGGCAACCGGAGGACGUUAUUGACAAAAAACUUUCAGGAGCUGAAGGGGAAGAUGGAUGAGCUGCAGCCAUUGAUCCCAGUGUUGGAGCAGUAUAAGACAGACGCCAAGCUCAUCUCCCAUUUUAAAGGGGAGAUCAGGAAUCUGUCUUCCGUGCUGUUGGGGAUCCAGGAAGAAAUAGGAGCUUAUGAUUAUGAGGAGCUACAGCAAAGGGCUCUGACACUGGAAGGGCGACUAAGGAACUGCAUGAGUAAACUCACCUGUGGUAAACUAAUGAGAAUUACUGGGCCUAUGACGAUUAAAACAUCAGGAACCAGAUUUGGAGCUUGGAUGACUGACCCACAGGCAUCUCCCAGAAUCAACAAGGUAUGGUACAUGGACAGCUACACCAACAACAAGAUUGUGAGAGAGUACAGGUCAGUGGCUGACUUUGUAGCAGGAGUUGAGUCACGAACCUACAACCUUCCAUUCCACUGGGCUGGCACAAACCAUGUGGUCUACAAUGGCUCGCUCUACUAUAACAAGUACCAGAGCAACAUCAUUGUCAGGUACAACUUUGAUAGUGGCCGAGUAGUGACCCAGCGUGCACUGGAGUCAGCUGGUUUUCAUAAUGUGUACCCCUAUACCUGGGGUGGCUUUUCUGACAUAGACCUCAUGGCAGAUGAGCUGGGAUUGUGGGUUGUGUAUGCAACCAAUCAGAAUGCAGGAAACAUUGUCAUCAGUAAGUUAGAUCCCCUAACCCUUCAGGUCUUGAAGUCCUGGAACACAGAAUAUUCAAAGAGGAAUGCUGGAGAGUCCUUCAUGAUCUGUGGCACACUUUAUAUCACCAACUCCCACCUGACUGGGGCCAAAGUCUACUACUCUUACUCCACCAAGACCGCCACCUACGAGUAUACAGACAUACCAUUCCACAACCAGUACUUUCACAUGUCAAUGCUUGACUACAAUGCCAGGGACCGUGCUCUCUAUGGCUGGAACAAUGGCCACCAAGUUCUCUUCAAUGUCACGCUGUUCCAUGUCAUCAAAACUGAUGAUGACUCCUGA